GACGUGCGCACCGACUCUGUGAGCCGAUCAUCCAAUGGACCAGUCUUUACGCACGGAUUGGAUCUGUCUUCAGUCCGAGGCGCGCUGACUGACUUACGGCUGUGAUACAGACUCCAAAGCGCACAUUUGGAGAGUUUGUUUUCCCCGUGACAUAAAACCAAAGCCUAGACGCACGGACGCAGCGAUGACAGCCGAGUUUAUUUCACUUCGAAAUAACUGAGACCCGCAUCCUAUACUGCGCUGCAUCCGGUCGUUGAUCCUCUGGGAAGAUGCAAAAGAGACCCAGGAUGAAUUCCGUUUUGAUAACAGUGUUACUUGGAGUGGUUGGGACCCUGGCCAAUAAGGAAUUAUGUUUGUCGGGCAAGUAUACGACCAGUGGGGAAUGCUGCAAGCAGUGUCCACCCGGGGAAGGUGUCGACAAACCUUGUGGAGCCACACAGACCACCUGCACCCCCUGUGUUGACAGUGAAACCUUCUCAGAAAGGUUCAGUCACACAGAAAAAUGCCAAAAAUGCACACAAUGCAAGGGUCUGCUCCGCAUGGAGACGCCCUGCACCGACUCCAAUGACGCCAUCUGUGUGUGCAACUACGGCUACUACCUGGAUCGAAUCAAGGGGAAGUGUGUGUCCUGCACUAAAUGUGCCGAAGGCUAUGGCAUGCUGUACAGCUGUGAGCUUGACCACGACACCAUAUGCGAGGAAUGCACCGGGGACACGUACUCAGACCAGGAAAGCUCUCGAGAGCCCUGCAUCCCCUGCACCACCUGUGAUGAUGAAGAGGUGUUACAAGCGUGCACGUCUAUCACUGACACAGUCUGCCAAACUCCUCCCUUAGCGUCUACUGUACCUUUUGUGACUUCCUCCAUACCCAUGGAUGAUUUCUCAGAUGACACCCCUCCAGAACCACCUACAGACGGCACAACAACCACAACGGAUGGCGACACCAGAGAACCAAUUUACCAAGGUCUGAACGACAAACUUAUCCCCAUCUACUGCUCCAUCCUGGCAGCUGUCGUGGUCGGUUUAGUGGCCUUCAUCAUCUUUAAGAGGUGGAACAGCUGUAAGCAGAACAAACAAGGGGCCAACAACUGCACGGCCAACCAGAACCAGACACCAUCACCUGAGGGCGAGAAGCUGCACAGCGACAGCGGCAUUUCUGUGGACAGUCAAAGUCUUCAGGAACAGCAGGGCCAGACUCAGGCACAGACAGUUGUCACCAUGGAUGAAGAGCCUUGUUUGCUCCUUCCUCUUCACACCAGAGAGAAAGUAGAGAAGCUACUGUUCAGAGGAAAUGAAGGAGACAACUGCAACCACAUGGACGACAGUGACUGGUGCAACCUGGCAGGCCUCCUAGGAUACGAGGAAGAGCGGAUUGCAACUUUCCGGCAAGAGGAGCAUCCUGUUCGUGCACUCCUAUCUGACUGGGCGAGCAAGGACUGUGCCAGCAUUGACACACUGUGCACAGCGCUGCGCAAGAUCAACCGUGAAGACAUCGCCCAGAGUCUGGUGCUCAGCCCCAAUACUGCAAAGCCAACUGCCACAUCUGUAGUGUGAUAUACAUUCAGUGAUAUCUGCACCUGAACCUUAACCUUCGUAUUAAUCCAUGGCCUCCCUCAUUCCAAAAUUCUCAGACCACUUAUCAAGCCAGCGCUGAAGGUGAUGAUCAGUUCCAGUUCAAGCAUUUUAUUUUAUAAGAACAGGAACAUACAAGAAACCAGAAAAUUUUCAACCAAUAUCAACGCAGUUCACUCGAAAGAAACCAAAUGUUUUGCUUUCAAGAAGUGCUUGUGAUUCAUUUUCUCAUCUAUCUCUGCUAUAAAAUCGUCCCAUUUUCAGCCUGGAUGUCAACCUGCCUUUUCACAUGCCUUAAAAUCCAACAAUGUUAUGACCUAAGUACAUGUGGAGCGACAGUUGGUCUUGAACUAAUGUUCUAGUGGAUACCUGCCUCUUUCAUUUCUACACCCCUGCUUCAUAACUGUCAUUCUUAAACUUGCUUAGACUUUGCUGCCCUUAUUUAUAGCAUUUAUACGCCAGUGUUGUACUUCUAAAUGUCACUUUUCAAAUCUAUGCUACCAAAGAGGAGUGAAUGUCUCCACGCCAUACUCGACAAGCAACAUUAUUCACAUGCCACGUGAACCUUUUUGAGGGUGACAAGUGGCUUGUGUCUGUAACUGUUACCGGAGGAGGCAUGCAUGCCACAGAGUAUCUGGAUCUUUGCAAAUAUGACAGCCUGAGAUGAGACGUUUGCUUGGACUUGUUCGAACUCAGCCAUUCAGUCCUAUUCUAAAACACGAACAUUAGAUUUAAGACGCUGAACUGCAGGACAUGUGGGAGUAAACUCCACUUUAGCUUGGUCUUAAGUGAUGUCCGCAGACUUUUUCCUUUUUCCAACAAGUGCUCUAAACCUGCUGGCUGGACUAAGGGGCCAACUAGGUGGUCUGUGGGGCAGGUUGUUGACCGAUGGAACAUGACUCCAUUCUGUUCUCAGGCCUAUCUGCAUAACACAGGAGCUCCCACACUGAUUCUCUCAUAGUGACCCAGAAAAGGACGGAUGUGGAAUUUACUUCCCUCAGUAGCGAACAUGUAUACUCUAUGUACAUAGGUAGACAAGUGCACAUACCAAAUAAACUCAUGUACUGUACAUACAAACACAGACCUACAGUAUGUAACCAUUCAUGCAUGUACUAUACAAACAUACCACACAUGCAUACGCACACAGAGAUCGUGUAUACAUUAACACUCUGGUUCUUCCAGAAAACUUAAGAAACUGCCAUAAACAUAGGGGACCAUGUACUGUUUAAUAUUAUUAGUAGUAGUCAGUAUAAGGUGACUCUGAGUCUAAAAAGUAUGCCUAACAUUAUAUGAUUUGCAGUGUUAGUUAUAGAUGGUGAAAUACUAUCUCAUCAGUAAACAGCAUGCAGAAACUAGCAGCUCCAAGAAAAACACACUCAUAUACACAAUGAUCACAAUAUAAAACAAAACAAAAAAAUAAUCUAGGAUUUUGUAUUGUUUUUGUUUAUUUUCCUCAGGGUAUCUAGUAGUAACACAAUCAACAGUUACUACAUCAACACUACACUUGGAAUUGUAGCUUCAAUAACUAUAACGGAGCAAUCUAUAGGAGACACUGUGUUUAUCCAGAGCACUAAUUCUUGCGACUGACAAUCCGUCAAACAGAUGAAUAAGAGAGGGAAAUGGGCCAGCUAGAAAAAAAAAAAAAGAAAGCGGUGUCUUGUUUCCUCAUUGUUUGCAACAAUGACCUCUGAAUGAAAGGCAAGUCAGUGGAGACACAAGUCAAAGGAUGUGGGAUGGAUUCAGACCAAAGGAAAGCGGAAAAGAGUGGAUCUGAAAUGUUAAGUUUUAGAUUACUUCAGUGUAAAGCUGAAACCCAGGAAAUUACAUCUGCAUUAAUCAGCUUGUUUAAGUGUAAGCAUGCCUUGCUCUCCUCAUGGCAGUAUAUGUUCCUUUUGUUGAUAUUAUCCCACUGUCUUUUUUUUCUUAGACAUUAUUUGAAGGAACAGAUAAUCUGUGAUGUCAAACUGACCUGUAUAGCCAGUCUGUGUUCAGAUCCAUUUUUACUAACCACUAGUGUACUGAGCUUUAUGCAGUAGUUUUACUUUAAAUGAAGGUACUCUUACUUUACUCUCUAAGGGUUAUUGUAUUUGAAAUCCAGAGUAAUAACUGUAAAUGGUGUUAUAUUUCUAUUUUAUUGCCAUAGAUUGUAGCACUUAAAUGUGUCUGUCUGUCUUGCAUCGUAAGUGCCUGGGAAGUGUGUCAGGUAUCUAUUGAUGUUGUACAUUUAUGUUUUUAGCUCCUUUUGUAAUAUAUUUCCUUAGUUUUAUUAUUGUUUUGUAAAUAAUUUCAUUUUCUAUGUUAUUUUUAGUUAAAGCCUGGAAGGCGUACGUACUGUACAAUAUCUUUGUGAAAGGGACUUUGUUACAAUAUUAAUGCUGUCCUGGUUUAAUACGGCAAGAAGGGCAAAUGGGAAGAGGUGCCUUUGUGAGGCAAUUAACAAAUGAUCCACCUCAGUGUCAGGUAUUAUGAUUUACUGUGUCAUUUAGAGGACUGGACAUAAGUAGAGAAUACCUGUAUUGCCCGAGCACUGUAAGUCAACCUCUUUGCUGUACUGAAUGAAAAGCAUCCCACACACUUUUACAGCAUCUACAUAUUAUAUAUACCACGUAGUAUUCACGCAUUAUCUUUCACAUACAUA